GUGGGGUAUGGCGUUAGGACCCAGGUGCACGCGUAGGUUAGCGCUCCGAGCACACGCGCAUUCCUGUCAUGCCGCAGUGAAUGGACGUGAUUGUUGCGAAUCCGACAAAUGUGCCGUCGAAGGCAGACCUCCGAUCAGCUCCCGAGGGUCCAGGGAAACUCACAAAAGUGACAGACUGAUAAAUCCGUGGUCAAGGUUUUACCGGGUAACAUCAUCAAGGUCAUUUGUGAAUAUCCCUGCUACCUCCUGCCCGCCUCCACAGCAGCAGACAUGCAUGGAUCUGAGGACAGUGAAUCUGGAACCGUACUUCAGAGGCUCAUGCAAGAACAUUUGCGAUACGGAACAAGUGGAACUGGAGGAGAGAUAGACAGCAACAGCUCUCGCAUGCCAAGAAAUUUACCUUUUACAGAGAUCCUGCUCCUUCAAGAGGAGGGGCAGAGAGCCCAUCAGCCUGUGCUCCCACAAAGUCAGCCACGACAAGAACCUCAAGGCCAGGAGCAUCAAGUGGAUAGCAGCUCUAUGGAAAAGAUUUCUGAAGUAAACCAGGGUGCAGGUGGAGCAGUCCAACCAACUCUUACUUUGCCCGGGUUUGACACCCUGCAGCUUCCGUCUUAUGAGGAGGCUAAGGUCCAAUCUCCGCAAUACAUAAGAGAACAGAGUCAAAUUGACCCUCAGUCCCAAAAUCAAAGCUCCCAGAGUCUUGAGAGCAAUGAAAACCAAUGUCAGCGACAAUGCAACCAGAUUCAGCAGAUGCAACAAUGUUCUACAGUAUCUGACAGCACCACUGGUUCACACUCUUGUCCUCCAUCACUCUCCAGCGCACAUUCGCUCUCAUCCCCUCCAUUUCUGUCAUCUUUGUCAACAUCUCUCCCUGCAGUACCUGUGAAGGCCAGUGCGGAGGGUCGUCCAUGGGUCCAGCCAGGGGGCACUGCUGGUAUGUUUCUUCAAGAUGAAGCCCUGUCAGAGUUGAAACAUGGUCAUGUUCGUUCACUUAGUGAAAGAAUCAUGCAACUCAGUCUGGAAUCCAGUGGAGCUAAGCAAAGUGCAGGAUCUUCGAUUUUCUCCAGUGCAGGAGACUCUACACAUGAGGCUGAAAGCACACCAAAUUUUCUCUCUGCAACUCGCAGGGCUGCUACGAAUACACAACCACCAUCUCCCUUACCCUCACCAAAAUGGUCUUUGGAGCAAAGAGGUCCUCCCCCAGAAUAUCCCUUCAAAUUCACGGUACAGACAAUACUUCCACCUACUUUAAACUUAAACCCAGGGUCUCUGGAACACACUCACCAUCACAGUGACACGUUGACGUCACCCCUACUGGAAACAGUACAACAUACGAAUGUAGCCAGACAGUGGCCCAAAUCUUCCAGUGCUUCAUCACAAUGCCAACAGACGAACAGUCUAGUGUACACUGAGAGCUGUAUCCUGCCUUCACAGGCUUCUCAACAGCAGAAUCAGGAUAUAUCUCAACCACAUACCAUGAGAUUUCCUUCUGCUCAGAUUGAAUCUGUAAACCGAGGGCCAUCUGUUCGUCUGGCCCCUUUAGGGCAGCCUUUCCAAGGUGAAGUGUUUGCUAUGGUAAGCCAUACCCAGCAGAUGCUAGAGAUCCUAAAAGAAGAGAACCAAAGUCUGAGACAAGAACUUCUCAAGCAAAGUGAGAAAGCCGGCAAACUAAAGCGGUUGGAGAUGGAGGUUGAGCACCUUUCUGAAACAUAUGAGAGUUUAGUAAAGAGUUCAUCUAAAAGGGAGGCUCUAGAUAAAACCAUGAGGAAUAAACUUGAGGGGGAGAUCAGACGACUUCAUGACUUUAACAGAGACUUGAGAGACCGUUUGGAAACGGCAAAUCGACAGUUGGCCAAUCAGGAGCUAAAGGUACAGGAAGAUGGACACUUUUAUCUUUCACAAAAAAGAGAAAGUCUGAAAGAUCUCGAGAAAUUACAAAUGGAGGCAUCAAGUCUUCGAUCAGCCAAUGAAGAUCAGCAGCGACACAUUGAGAUAUUAGAACAGGCUUUGAAUAAUGCUCAGAGUAAAGUUGUCAGACUAGAGGAAGAGUUAAGUAAAAAACAGAUGUAUGUGGAGCGGGUGGAACGGUUGCAGCAGGCACUGGCACAGCUCCAGGCAGCAUGUGAGAAACGAGAACAACUCGAGAGACGUCUGCGUACUCGCCUGGAAAGAGAACUGGAGGCCUUGCGAACACAACAGCGUGCUGGCAUAGGAGUACCCCUCGCUGCUUGUGAGACCAAUGCCCCUGCUCUGCUAGAUUUACUGAGGGAAAGAGAGGAGAGGAUUCUGGGAUUAGAGGCUGAUAUGACACGUUGGGAGCAGAAGUAUUUGGAGGAGAGUGCAAUGAGACACUUUGCCAUGGAGGCCGCUGCAACAGCAGCAGCACAGAGAGACACAACUAUAAUCCACCAUUCUCGUAAUGGCAGUUACAGUGAUGGCUCACUCUGGCAGUAUGAGGAUGAGAAAAGAGCCCAGACCGGCCGGCGCUGUCAAGAAAUGGAGCAAAGGAUGAAGGACUUGCACGCUCAGCUGCUAGAGAAAGACGCCAUGAUUAAAGUCCUACAACAGCGCUCCCGUCGGGAACCUGCCCCUCUUCGACCUGCACACUCUGUGCCCUCCAUUUCAAUAGCAACAGGGCUGCACAUAAGGCAGACAUCGCAGACUGAUCGCCGAGACCAGCACAGCUGGAAGGGCAGCACAAGUGUACUUCUGGGAAAAGAUACAGUACAGCACAUCCUACCCUCACUGCCCUCUCUUUCAGUCUCUGUCUCUUCACCUAUCCCUGCUUCCUCUCUCUCUCCAUCUUUUUCGUCAUCCUCUUUUUCUCCCUUCCUGGCCUCUGCUGGUUCAAGAUCAUCAUUGAUCCCCUCAUUGUCCCGUCUUCCUCGCUCCAGCCCUCCCUCUACCUCUUCAACAUUACCCCUGCCCUCUUCUGCAUCUCUACCUCCUCUUGCUUCAUUCUCUCUCCCAUCUACUCCUCUCCUGUCCCUUCAUUCAAAAUCAGCCAGCAGAGACAGCAGCAGUCAAACAGGACAAAGUCCUGAGAUGUUUAGAGCUGCAACCUUUACAAGACACGAGAAGACAGAUUAUUCAUCCACUAAAGGCCUAGAGGGUCAAGCACAGCUCAGUGGAGGAAAGAAGAUUGCCCUUUCUGACCUCGACAUGGUGGAGAUUCUUAUCUAAAAAACAAUCACAAAUUGAAAAAGCUAAAUACUGGUGCUGUGUUUGUUUUUAAAAUAAAAGAAAUUAUGCUGUCAAUAAAGGUUGUCAAAAUAAGGGUUGUAAAAACACAAAAAGUAAUUAUUUUGUUACAUGUCCUGGCUGAAUAAAAACCCUGCUGUUA